UUUCUAGUUACACAUGGGAAGCUGUUGAUACUCAAAAUAACAGGCUUUAUAAAAUCAGCAUCUGUGGAAAUAUGAAUAUUGCCCAGUGUGGGUCAUCCAGUGCUGUGUGUAUGCACGACUUGAAGACAGACAGCUUUCGUUCUGUGGGUGACUCUCUUCUGAAAAGCGCAACCAGAUCUCUUCUGGAAUUCAACACAACAGUGAGCUGUGAACAGCAGAGUACAGGUCACAGAAUCCAGAGUAGCAUCACCUUCUUGUGUGGGAAAACCUUGGGAACUCCUGAAUUUGUAACUGCAACAGACUGUGUGCAUUACUUCGAGUGGAGGACGACCGCAGCCUGCAAGAAAGACACAUUUAAAGCAAAUAAAGAGGUGCCGUGCUACACAUUUGAUAGAGAGCUCAAGAAGCAUGAUUUAAACCCACUGAUCAAGAUCAGCGGUGCCUACUUGGUGGAUGACUCUGACCCGGACACCUCUCUGUUCAUCAACGUUUGCAGAGACAUAGACGCCCUACGGGACUCCAGUCCGCAGUUGCGUGCCUGUCCCCCCGGCACUGCCGCCUGCCUGGUGCAAGGGGGCCAGGGCUUCGACGUCGGCCGGCCCAAGGAGGGACUGCAGCUCCUGAGCAACGACAGGCUUGUCCUGAGCUACGCGAAGGAAGAGGCAAUCCAGCCAGACUUCUGUGACGGUCACCGCCCGGCGGUGACGAUUACGUUCGUCUGCCCGUCGGAGCGCAGAGAGGGCACCCUUCCCAAGCUCACAGCGAAAUCCAACUGCCGCUAUGAAAUCGAGUGGGUCACGGAGUACGCCUGCCACAGGGAUUAUCUGGAAAGUAGGAGCUGCUCUCUGAGCAGUGAGCAGCAUGACAUCGCCAUCAACCUCCAGCCACUCGUCCAGGACGGGGCUUCAAGCUCCCCGCACUACACUUCAGAUGGAGAAGAAUAUGUUUUUUAUUUGAAUAUCUGUGGAGGAACCGAAGCACAGGUCUGUAAUAAGAAGGAUGCUGCUGUUUGCCAAGUGAAAAAGUCAGAUUCCACUCAAGCCAAAGUGGCAGGAAAUCUCCAGAAUCAAACCCUCCGGUACUCCGACGGAGACCUCACCUUGAUCUACUUUGGAGGUGACGAGUGCAGCUCAGGCUUCCAGCGCAUGAGCGUCAUCAACUUCGAGUGCAGUCAGACUGCAGGUAACGGUGGGAAAGGGGCUCCUGUGUUCACCGGAGAGGUGGAUUGCACCUACUUCUUCACGUGGGACACCAAGUACGCCUGCGUGGACGAGAAGGAGGCCCUCCUCUGUGGCGUCUCUGAUGGGAGGCAGCGCUUCGACCUGUCGGUGCUGGCCCGGCACUCAGAACUGGAACAGAAUUGGGAAGCCGUGGACGGCAGCCGGAGGGAACCAGAGAAGAAGCAUUUCUUCAUUAACAUCUGCCACCGAGUGCUGCAGGAGGGCAAGGCGAGGGGCUGCCCUGAGGAUGCGGCCGUGUGCGCCGUAGAUAAGGAUGGAAGUAAAAAUCUGGGCAAAUUUGUUUCUUCUCCCACAAAAGAGAAAGGAAACAUUCAGCUGUCUUACUCCGAUGGUGAUGAGUGUGGUCAUGGCAAGAAAAUACAGACUAACAUAACACUUGUCUGCAAGCCAGGCGACUUAGAAAGUGCUCCGGUGCUGAGAACUUCCAGGGACGACGGUUGCUUCUAUGAGUUUGAGUGGCACACGGCGGCUGCCUGCGUGCUGUCCAGGACUGAGGGGGACAACUGCACGGUCUUCGACUCCCAAGCCGGGUUUUCUUUUGACUUGUCACCUCUCACGAAGAACGACGGCUACAAAGUCGAGACGGAGAAGUACGAGUUUUACAUUAACGUGUGCGGGGCGCUGUCUGCGGGCCCCUGUCCACCGGGCUCAGCAGCCUGCCAGGUGUCCAGGAGUGAUGAUAAGUUUUGGAACUUGGGACGGAGUAACGCUAAGCUUUCCUACUACGAUGGGAUGAUCCAGCUGAACUACAGAGAUGGCACACCCUACAACAACGAGAGGCGCACCCCGAGAGCCACCCUCAUCACCUUUCUCUGUGACCGAGAUGCUGGCGUGGGUCUCCCUGAAUAUCAGGAAGAAGAUAACUCGACCUACAACUUCCGGUGGUACACCAGCUACGCCUGCCCCGAGGAGCCACUGGAGUGCGUGGUGACCGACCCCGCCACGCUGGAGCAGUACGACCUCUCCAGUCUAGCCAAAUCUGAAGGUGGCCGCGGAGGGAACUGGUACGCCAUGGACAACGCAGGGCCACGCAGCACGUGGAGGAAGUACUACAUCAACGUGUGUCGGCCCCUGAGCCCCGUCCCCGGCUGCGAUCGCUACGCGUCCGCGUGCCAGAUGAAGUUCGACAGCUCCCAGGGUUCAUUUUCUGAAAUCGUCUCCAUCAGCAACUUGGGGGUCGCCAAGACGGGCCCGGUGGUGGAGGCGAGUGGCAGCCUCCUGCUGGAGUACGUGAAUGGCUCAGCCUGCACCACCAGCGACGGGAAGCGGACCACCUACACCACCAGGAUCCACCUCAUCUGCUCCAGGGGCAGCCUGAAUACCCACCCCAUAUUUUCUCUCAACUGGGAGUGCGUGGUUAGUUUCCUGUGGAAUACAGAGGCUGCCUGUCCUGUCCAAGUAAUGACAGACACAGACCAGGCUUGCUCCAUCAGGGACCCCAACAGUGGGUAUGUGUUUGAUCUGAACCCACUAAACAAGUCCCAAGGAUACGUGGUCUCAAGCAUCGGGAAGAUCUUCUUGUUUAACGUGUGCGGCACGACGCCCCUCUGUGGGACCCUGGACGGAAAGCCGGCUUCCGGCUGUGAGGCAGAGGAGGAGGAGCUCAAGAAUCUGAAGCCAGGAAGGCUGGUUGGACUGGAGAAGAGCCUUCAGCUGUCCACCGAGGGCUUCAUAACUCUGACCUAUAAGGGGUCGCCUUCCCAUUCUGGAGGGAGAGCUGAUGCUUUCAUCAUCCGCUUUGUUUGCAAUGGUGACGUUUACCCAGGGAACCCCAGGUUCCUGCAUCAAGACAUCGACUCUGGCCUGGGGAUCCGGGACACUUUCUUUGAGUUUGAAACGGCCUUGGCCUGUGUACCUUCUCCGGUGGAUUGCCAAGUCACAGACCCGGCUGGGAACGAAUAUGAUCUGAGCGGCUUAAGCAAAGCCAGGAAGCCUUGGACUGCAGUUGACACCUCGGCUGAUGGGAAGAGGAGAACCUUCUACUUGAGUGUCUGCAACUCCCUCCCUUACAUUCCCGGCUGCCAUGGCAGCGUUGUGGGGUCCUGCCUGGUGUCGGAGGACGGCAGCUUGAACCUGGGCGUCGUGCAGGUCAGCCCUCAAGCUGCCGCCAAUGGGUCCCUGAGCCUCGUGUAUGUCAACGGUGACAAGUGCGGGAACCAGCGCUUCUCCACCAGGAUUAUGCUCGAGUGCGCCCACACGACGCACAGUGAACUGUUGGUUUCCACCGCAGGGUCGCCGACCUUUCAGCUUCUGGACGACUGCGAGUACGUGUUUGUCUGGAGAACGGUGGAGGCCUGUCCUGUGGUCCGCGCCGAAGGAGACAACUGUGAAGUGAAGGAUCCGAGGCAUGGCAACUUGUAUGACCUGAAGCCUCUCGCCCUCAACGACACGGUCGUGAGCGCCGGCGAGUACACGUACUACUUCCGCGUCUGCGGAAGGCUGUCCUCGGGCGUCUGCUCAGCCGGUGACAGGUCCAGGGUCGUCUCGUCAUGUCAGGAAAAGCGGGGACCCGAGGGAUUUCAGAAAGUGGCAGGUCUGCUUACUCAGAAGCUGACCUAUGAGAAUGGGGUGUUGAAGAUGAACUACACUGGAGGGGACCCUUGCCACAAGGUGUACCAGCGCUCAACCAUCUUUUUCUAUUGUGACCGCAGCACCCAGGCGCCGGUGUUCCUCCAGGAGACUUCGGACUGCUCCUACUUGUUCGAGUGGCGCACGCAGUAUGCCUGCCCGCCUUUUGACCUGACCGAGUGUUCAUUCAAAGAUGGGGCUGGGAACACCUACGAUCUCUCACCCCUGUCAAGAUACAGUGACAACUGGGAGGCCAUCACGAGGACGGGGGCCACCGAGCACUACCUCAUCAACGUUUGCAAGUCUCUGGCUCCCCAGGCUGGCUCGGAGCCGUGCCCUCCAGAGGCGGCCGUGUGUCUGCUGAGUGGCUCCGAGCCCGUGAACCUCGGCAGGGUGAGAGAUGGUCCCCAGUGGAGAGAUGGCGUGACUCUGCUGGAGUAUGUCGACGGUGACCUGUGUCCCGAUCGGAUUCGGAAGAAGUCUGCCACCAUCCACUUCAGCUGCAGCGAGAGCCAAGUGAACUCCAGGCCCAUGUUAGUCAGCGCAGUGGAGGAAUGCGAGUACACCUUCUCCUGGCCCACGGCAGCCGCGUGUCCCGUGAGGAGCAACGUGCACGGCGACUGCCAAGUCACCAACCCCGCCACAGGACACCUGUUUGACCUGAGCUCUCUGAGCGGCAGAAGCGGAUACACCGCCGCUUACAGCGAGAAGGGGCUGGUCUACAUCAGUGUGUGCGGGGAGAACGAGAACUGCGCCCCCGGCGUGGGGGCCUGCUUUGGGCAGACCAGGAUCAGUGUGGGCAAGGCCAGCAAGAGGCUGGCCUACGUGGACCAGGUCUUACAGCUGGUGUACGAGGACGGGUCCCCGUGUCCCUCCAAAACCGGCCUGAGCUACAAGAGCGUCAUCAGCUUCGUGUGCCGCCCCGAGACUGGGCCCACCAACCGGCCGGUGCUCAUCUCCCUGGACAAGCAAACGUGCACCCUCUUCUUCUCCUGGCACACGCCCCUGGCCUGCGAGCAGCCGACGGAGUGCUCUGUGAAGAACGGCAGCUCCAUCAUCGACCUGUCGCCCCUCAUCCACCGCACUGGUGGGUACGAGGCCUAUGAUGAGAGUGAGGACGAGUACUCUGACGCCAGCCCUGAUUUCUACAUCAACAUCUGCCAGCCGCUGAACCCCAUGCACGGCGUGCCCUGCCCUGCCGGAGCCGCUGUGUGCAAAGUGCCUGUCGACGGCGCCCCCAUAGUGAGUGUGGGGGUCCCAGGGCGGAGGCGGUUCUGCAAGUGGAGGCUGACUUGGGAAGACGGAGUGGGGGGGACUCCGAAGCUGUUGAGGAUGAGUGACUGUGACUUUGUGUUCGAGUGGGAGACCCCGCUGGUCUGUCCCGAUGAGGUGAAAACGGAGGGCUGCUCCCUGACGGACGAGCAGCUGCACUACAACUUUAACCUGUCCAGCCUCUCCAAGAGCACCUUCAAGGUGACCCGAGACUCGCGCACCUACAGCGUUGGGGUGUGUACAGCGGCCACAGGCCUGGAUCAAGGUGGCUGUAAGGAUGGAGGCGUCUGUCUGCUUUCAGGGAGCAAGGGGACAUCUUUUGGGCGGCUGGCGUCAAUGAGACUGGAUUACAGGCACCAGGACGAAGCCGUCAUUUUAAGUUAUGCCAAUGGAGAUAAUUGCCCUCCAGAAACUGAAGACGGUGAGCCGUGUGUGUUCCCCUUCCUAUUCAAUGAGAAGAGCUACAAUGAGUGUGUCCUGGAGGGCAGGGCCCGGCUCUGGUGCGCGACGACCGCCAACUAUGACCGAGACCAUGAGUGGGGGUUUUGCAGACACUCAAACAGCCACCGGACGUCGGCCAUCAUCUUCAAGUGUGACGAGGAUGCUGAUGUGGGGAGGCCACAAGUUUUCAGUGAAGUUCGAGGGUGUGAGGUGACGUUCGAGUGGAGAACAAAAGUUGUCUGCCCCCCGAAGAAGAUGGAGUGCAAGUUCGUGCAGAAGCACAAAACCUAUGACCUGCGGCUCCUGUCCUCCCUCACCGGGUCCUGGUUCUUCGUCCACGACGGGGCCUCCUACUACAUCAACUUGUGUCAGAAGAUCUAUAAGGGGCCCCUCGACUGCGCUGACAGAGCCAGUGUUUGCAGAAAGAGCCCCUCGGGCGAGGUCCAGGUCUUGGGCCUUGUUCACACACAGAAGCUGGAUGUCAUAGAUGACAGAGUCAUCGUGACUUACUCAAAGGGCCAUCAGUGCGGUGAAAACAAGACGGCGUCCACUGUCAUCGAGCUGACCUGUGCCAAAACAGUGGGCCGGCCUUCGUUCACGCGGUUUGACAUCAACAGCUGCACCUACUACUUGAGCUGGGAGUCACGGGCUGCCUGCGCUGUGAAGCCGCAGGAGGUGCAGAUGGUUAACGGCACCAUCACCAACCCUGCCAACGGCCGGAGCUUCAGCCUCGGGGACAUUUAUUUCAAGCGAUUCAGUGCCUCUGGGGACAUGAGAACGAAUGGGGACAAGUACCUGUACGAGAUCCAGCUGUCCUCCAUCACGGGCUCCUCCAACCCAGCGUGCGCCGGGGCCAACAUCUGUCAGGUGAAGCCCAACGACCGGCACUUCAGCCGGAAAGUCGGAACUUCCGACAGAACCAAGUACUACGUUCAAGACGGCGAUCUGGAUGUGGUGUUUGCCUCGUCCUCCAAGUGUGGGAAGGAUAAGACAAAGUCUGUCUCGUCCACCAUCUUCUUCCACUGCGACCCACUGGUGAAGGACGGGAUCCCCGAGUUCAGCCACGAGACUGCAGACUGCCAGUACCUCUUCUCCUGGUACACCUCUGCCGUGUGUCCUCUGGGGGUGGGCUUUGACAACGAGGACGACGGGGAGGACACGCAGGAGCACAAGGGGCUCUCGGAGAGGAGCCAGGCCGUCGGGGCGGUCCUCAGCCUGCUGCUGGUGGCGCUCACCGGCUGCCUGCUCACCCUGCUGCUUUACAAAAAGGAGCGACGGGAGACGGUGAUAAGCAAGCUCACCAACUGCUGCAGAAGAAGCGUGAAUGUGUCCUACAAAUACUCGAAGGUGAACAAGGAGGAGGAGGCGGAUGAGAAUGAGACGGAGUGGCUGAUGGAGGAGAUCCAGGCGCCGGCGCCGAGGCCCGGGAAGGAGGGUCAGGAGAAUGGCCACAUCACCACCAAGUCCGUGAAGGCCGAGGCCCUCAGUUCCCUGCACGGGGACGAGCAGGACAGCGAGGACGAAGUCCUGACCAUCCCGGAGGUGAAGGUGCACUUGGGCAGAGGGGCCGGGGCCGACGGCGUGCUCCCGAUGAGACCCCCACAGAGGAAGGUGCUCCGGGAGAGAGCGGACGACAGGGUGGGGCUGGUGCGGGGGGAGCCGGCCAGGAGCGGGCGGCCCCGGGCCAUGCAGAAGCCGGUGAACUCCUUCCACGACGACAGUGACGAGGACCUCCUGCACAUCUAGGCCCCCACGCCUGCGGGGCGGGCUCGGCGGCACCAGCGGCACCUCCAACCAAAUAAGACUUCAGCUCCGUGACGCUUCUGUCAUUUUUGCCUUUAACAGAAACUGUUUCAAAAGGGAAGGGUUUGUGUGGUGGGGGAGAGGGGGAGGCGGCCUGCGCCACUCUCCGGGGGUGGUUUACCGGCAUGGGAAGGAGGCAUGGCUCCAGCUGCCGGAGGGCGGGGCCAGGCCCCAGGUUUUGUCCCAUGUCCUCGCGUAGAGUGCCUCCUGGCAUGCGCCCGGGCCACACGGGUCUCGGGACAGAGGGCUGUGCUGGAGAAAAACCCUUGCUGCUUUAGGCCCUGUAGGGUAUUUGACCAUUAUAUUUUAGCAUUUAAUUCUCUCCUCCUAUUUAUUGACUUUGACAAUUACUCAGGUUUGUGGAAAAAAAAAACCAACAGUUUUUUCCUGCCGGUAGUCGGGUAAGAUACGUACCCGUCCACCCCUGGUCAAAGGGGAAGCUGUUGGGGCACUUGGAUGGUUUCAUACGAGAUUUUGAACUGGUCCACGAUGUAUCCUCAGUUAGAAUAGGCCAUUCUCUCUCUUUUCCCUCUUGCUCCCUGUCUCGUAAGGGGUCGCAUGUGCCCACACACAUGCGUGGGGUCCCAGUGCCUGGGCUUUGGAGGGUCCGCCCGCUCUCUGCCUCUAGUCAGUAACGGCUGCAGCUUUUUGCAUGACGUCUUCAAUCCUAGGUGCACAGAUCACAUUUAUCAGUAUUUCUUUCGUCAGCUGGUGAAGUCAGACAACCCACCCAAAGAUUGAUGUGUGUGUGUGUGUGUGUGUGUGUGUGUGUGAGUGUGAGAGAGAGAGAAUGGAGCUGAGAUGUCAGAGGAAAUAACCUUUUUCCAGAUCUGGGGUGUAGGUCUCACCUCUUCAGGUUCUCAUGAUACCACCUUUACUGUGCUUAUUUUUUUAAGAAAAAGCGUUUCUCAACCAUUCGACCUAUAAGAAGCCUUAAUUUGCACAGUGCGUGACUUACGGAAAUUGCGUGAAAGCCGCUGGGCCAGUGUUUCGCCCCGGCGUUGCACUUGGAUUCCUUCUCGGGGGGCGGCCGAGGUCGGCCUUGGGUCUGCAGGACAGAGGGCGGGAACGCCGCCCUCCCCGGCUGCGGGCUCCUUUCUUGAAGUGUUUAGUGAACGACUUUCCUUGCAUUAUAGAAUUGUAUAUAGACUCAAUGGUAUUCAUAUCGUGGGAAGCAAACCAGCCUGUAGGGUUCCUUGGUUUGUGUUCCGUUUGGCGGGCUUAUUUGAUUUAAACAUGAGUGUAUUUUUAAAAAUUGAUUUCUUUCCUCAUUUUUUCAAUCAAAUUUACUGUAAUAUAAAGUAUUCAACAAUUUGAAUAAAAGAUAAAUUAUUA